CAAAACGUGAAAUUGUUUCUGCCUGUUCUUUUUUGACUAAGAAAAAGAAAACACUCGCUUGUGUUACCAAUACCUAUAUCGUGUAAAGUUGGCCCCCGAAAAAAAAGUUGGCCGAUGUUUGGGUGUUUUGUAUACUAUGCGCUGCCUGUUCUCGCUUUUACGAUCGAAACGUGGUCUGGGAAGUACAAACUGGAAACUGAUAUACCAACUCACAGCCAAUCCAAAAAAUUAUCCAGAAACCAUGCCUGACUCACUCAGCAACUAUUUCCCAGAGAUCAAUGAUGAUUUGACCAAAGUGACUUGGGCGCAUGGUGUCAACAGUAGAGAAAAACUGCAAAGAGAAUUGAACGGAAGUGCUAUGAUGAUAGAGGCGGACGUUGUACUCGGAACUUUGAUCGGUGACCGAAGCCAGCAAUUAAUUCCGAUUAUGGCCCAUCCGCCUGAAAACACAUCAGACCUCUCACUCGAAAUGUUUAUAGUCAUGUUUUUGGAUAGUCAGGCCGCAAAAGGGAUGAAGCUAGAUUUCAAAAGCAGAGAAGCUUUCUCAGCUUCAGAAAAUAUUCUUGAAGAACAUCUAAUCAACACAUCUUACCAGUUUGAAUAUCCUAUAUGGCUUAAUGCGGAUAUAAUUCGAGGUCCAGUAAAUAGCAAGAAGGAACCUGUAGAUCCAGAUUUCUUCCUUUCAGCCUGUGUCACAAAAUUUCCGAUUGCAAUGCCUUCUGUGGGAUGGACUACUGAAUAUGGCAACGGAAUUGAUACCGGUAGUUACACUCCUGAAAUUAUAUCAGACAUGACUGAAGCACUCAACAGAAAUUUAGUUGUGAAACCUGUCACAUUUGCUGUGCGAGCAGGCCUGGCAGCGCAAUCCUACGACGCUCUGACAAACCUAAUCGGAUCUUCAGUCCCAGGGACAACUCUCACUAUAUGGUGCAGUUCUCCCAACGAUGUAACUGACAUGGUUCUACUUAGAAAACUAAUUGAUGAUAUAGGUGUUGAUAAAGUUUAUCUCGACCUCCCUCCUGACAUGAUGGAGGCGCUUAAAUCAUCUGCUGGCAACUUGAUAGGGAAAUGUGCAUUAAUUGCAGCUACAACGCUCCUGGCACUGGGCAAAUAUGGUUUACAACAAUGAAGCAAAUUGUCUUAUUGGCCAGCCUGAGUAUUUCAAUGGUGGAUAAUUUAUGGUAAAAUCCACUCAGUGAUUUUGUUUAACUAGAUUACAUGUUAAACAUGUUUCAAAAUUCUGUUAUGAAUAAAAAAGAAGAAACGUACUACCUUAUUUAUCCAAAUUUGUUUUUCAAAAAUACAUUAAUGCCAUUUCUCAUUGAAUUUAACAAACUAUAAAAGAGUUACCAAUUGUACUCACAUCACAUAUAAACAAUAUUUUUUAACAAGUGAAAAAACUUCUUAAACUAAAACACAGUAAAUAAACUUGUAGAAAUUAAAUCAUGAAAUAAUUUUGUAUUAAUUAUUAUUAUUAUUAAAAUUUAGGUUUAAUUGUGGAUAUUAACUUUUUUGCAAGUACCUUAGUUCCCAUGUUUCUAUUGACCAAAGAUAAUGAAACUAAGCAAUGUGCAGGAUUUUCAAUUUUUCAUGGAAAUAGUCUAAACCUAAUUUUUUUGUGUAGCAUAUUUGUAUUUUACAAGCCAUAAAAAGAUUUUUGACGAGUUAAAAAUUGUAAUAAUUGUUUUGAAGAUAUUGUCAUAAAUGUUUGUUUUCUACCAUCAAAUGUAAUCGGAUCAAGUCUUGUCUGUGUAAUACCCUUAUUUUUAUAUUUUUGAAAAUAAACAAUGUAAUUCCUCUUUCGUAUUAAAGCUUUAUUAGCUUGCCUUAUUAAUGUAAUUGCAAUAUUAAAUAAUGAGGCUGUUAGAACUGAUUUCUAAGUAUUAUAACGUAAGUUAGUCUUAGUAUGUUCUGCGAAUAUUAAGUAGCAUAUCACACAAUCAUGUUUAACAAUAGAUAUAAAAUAGCCAUUUGGUGAACAAAGAAAUUGGACAAAAAAUGAACUUAACAUAAUUAUUUUUUCAUGAAGUGCCACGCCUUCUGUAGAUAAUUUGAAAUAAUUUAGCUUUCUAAAUUAUAAAAUUAAUUAAGGCUUCCAUGUAAAAAUUGGCUUGAGCUUAGAAUGAUAAAAAAAAAAAAUCUAAUUUUGUACAUAGUGUAAUCGUUAAUAACUUUGUAUGUGAAAUGUAAGGAUUCUUUUUUCUAAAUAUAUUAUGUUUUCUAU